UGUAGACGACUGUAGAGUGGAGAUACACAGGAAACACGUGAUCUUUAAGAACGUAAAGUGGAGCCCCACUCUCCAAGCGUCUGCAUCUGGACCCUCUUGCACGAGUGGGUGCUGUGGCUUUUGCACGCUUCCUAUUACCUGCGACUGCCAGGUGCGAUAAGCGCGCACUGGGACAAGCUUGCGUUCUGUGACUGCUUAGUGGCGCCUGCUUCAUAUAAGUGUGCGAUAUUCAGCGAUGGAAGACGGUUGCAGUUUGCGAGGGAUGACGGCUGAUGUCCUGCUCAGGGCUCGCCCAUACUCCAGCGAGAGGGAUGCCAGAGUCCGGGCGUUGCAAAUGGCCAUCCGGGAGUGGCUAAGACCGCACGACCGGCAGCUGCUCUGCCUACAGUCCCUGCUCCUGUGGGAACGGCCUCUACAAAGCGUCUUACUUUUUUCUGUGGUAAACGUUGUGUUCUGGCUCCUUGCCUUGAGCUCCCUGCAGCUGCUGUUCCUUAUGUGUUCUGGCCUGGUCCUGGUCGUGUGCCUUGACUCCUGGAGGAGCUGGGCUCGGCGUCAGGUGAUAUCCGAGCCACCUUGUGAAAAUGACAGGAGCUUGGUCCAUUCAGGAAUCCUCAGUGUUUUACAGCUGAGUCACUACGUGGCUGAAAUGUGGGUCCACCUGUCAUCGCUUAUGGGUGACCUCGUGUUGCUCAGACAAAACAGUCCCGGCAAGCUUUGCCUCAUGGCUUGUGGUUUCCUCACCUUCCUGGCAAUCUUGGGCUGCUACAUUCCAGGGCUUCUCCUUUCCUACUCUGCUGUGCUGGCUCUGCUGCUGUCCCCUUUGGCAUUGCAGCACGGGGUGUGGUGCUGGCUGUAUUUGUGGCUGGAGCCUACCCUGCGCUGGCUGGACCUCAUGCAGCCCCCAGGGCUAAUAUGUGAGCAGAAAGAGAAUCAGUCUCUCCUCAGGCCUGGCAGGCACAGUGCCACCAAGAGCAAUGAGGAGGAACUGGCUGGAUUUUGCCCAAAGCAGGACAAUUACACAUCAGCUAGCAAUAUAGCAGCAGUAGAAGACUCUGAGCCCAGGGAUGGAAAAAUGUGCUAUGGCGGAAGCUGGAUGUUUGGUGCGUCGCCUGGAUACACCGCGCUUGUGAAAGGCUCAGAAGACCUGAAAAAGCUCAGAGACUCCGAAGAUACAUUUGCCUGUGGCCUUGGUGAUUUCCCCUCAUUCUGUGUAAGCGACACACUCAUGGAUGACAACAAUGACUCAUCCUCUGACCCGUGGGAUGCCGAUGUCCAUUGGGAUGAUGCUAAGCUGUCAUCCCGCGACUGUGAGAUGGUGGACUUUGAGAUGUAUCAGUCAGAGGUGGACCCCUUGGCAAGCCUAUGGUGAGGAAUCUCAAGACUAUUCAGCAUUAUUUCAUGUUUAUAAGAUCAGUUUCACUUUCCACUCUUUUUUUACUUUCUGUAACAUUGUUUGAUUACUGAGUAUUGAGAGGAAGCUGCCAUAUGCAGUAACUCCAGUGUUGGCCAGUCUGUUGGACAAAGGGGUCCAUCCAGUCUGUAGUGUCCAUUGCUGACACAUCUCUAGGUUUGUCCUAUGUGUACUCUUCCCAAUGUAUAACUAAAUUACUACAUUUUAGACCCUUGUAUAUACUGACCACAACUGACUGGAAAGUUGUGCUAAACAUAAUCCAAAACUUGAUUUGUGUGCAACCUGUUUUAAUAUGGGAAUUUGUUGAUGUGGAGUACAGUUUCUUUUCUCAUAUUUCCUUGUUUAGAAAUGUAUAAACAGGGAUAGAUGUAACUUAUGCAAGUACACAUUCAUGGUAUAAACAUUAAAAUGUGCAGUAAUUUCAUGUCAUAUCGGCAUGACUGCACAUAGAACAAGCAGACAUACUAUUACGACAAAUUACUGCACUUUUUGCACUUAUUUAAAGUUGUAUUAAGGCAGAUUCUAAAGCAACCUUGUGAAAUAUAAAACCUUUAUACAACAAAUGCGUAUUGCAUAUCAGUUAUGUCAAUCCCUACCUAUGAAUGUCUGGAUAAUGGGUUUGAUUUGUUUGUAUCAGGCAGUUCCAGUGUUCUAUACUGCUACAGUGUACUGUAUAUAAUCUGUUUAUAUGUGCAGUUCUGAUUUUAAAAAAUUUCACGCUAAAUAAAUGUAAAUCUUAAAUCUUA